AUGGUGCUAUUACUGGGAAUGAAAUUUGAGAAUGGACAUCAAUACAAAGAAGCAGUUUGGGAGUGGGCUAUAUGGAAUGGCCAUAACCUUAAAAUCAUACGGAGUAGCAGAUAUCAGUUAGAAAUGCGUUGCAUGAAAAAUUGUCCCUGGAAGCUUUAUGUUAGUAUGUUUCCAGAUGUAUGUACAUUUUGUAUAAAAACUCUGGUUAGUGAGCAUUUAUGUCCUAGAGUGCUGGAAAAUAGGAUGGUGACUGGUAAUUGGAUAGAAAAACAAUACAGGAACAAGUUUAGAAGAUGUCCUAACUUCUCUCCUAAAGAGUUAGCGGGUGAUCUCUUGGAAACUUUUUGUGUCAGAGUGAGUAGAGCAAUGCUGUACAGAUCUGAAAGUCUUGCGUUAGAAAUGCUUAUGGGGUCUAUAAUUGAACAUUACGGGUUUCUAAGAUCUUACAAGGCUGAAAUGAUGAGAGUCGAUAGAGAGGGAAGAUUUGACUUCAUGCUUGAGGAAGGAGGGACUUUCAAGGCGUUCUACAUUGGGUUUAGCUCUCUGAAAAAAGGGUUUAUGAAAGGAUGCCGAAAGAUAAUUAGAUUCGAUGGGUGUUCUUUGAAAACAUUCCUUGGUGGAGCUUUGCUUACCGCAGUGGCUAAGGAUGGGAACAACCAAAUGUUCCCUAUUUGUUGGGUUGUGGUCGAGUCUGAAAAUGAGUUCUUAUGUACUUGGUUUCUUGAAAUUUUGUUUGAAGAGCUUGGGAUUAUUGAUGGGUGUCUGGGACUUACAAAUGCAAUAAUGAAGCUUACCCCACACGCCGAGCACAGAAAUUGUGUCAGGCAUGUAUAUUGCAAUUGGAAAAAAGAAUUUAAGGGCCAGACAUUGAAGAAUCUGUUUUGGAGUGCAGCGAGAAGUACAUAUGAGGCAUCAUAUAAUGCUGCUAUAGAAAAGUUGCUUGAAGAAGAUGAGGCAGCUCACAAAGAUUUUCUUAAAAGAGGACCUAAUAAAUUAUGUAAGUUUUACAUGUCUGAAUACCCUAAGUCUGAUAUGAUAGACAACAAUGUAUGUGAAUGCUUUAAUGGGUAUAUAGUUAAGACUAGGGGAAGCAUAUCAUUGGAAAGCUUGAGUAAAUUAGGUGUUCUUUGA